UUAUCUAACUCAUGCUCAUGCUGUAUGUUAUUUAGAGCAACAAAAUGUUAGCGUUGACCUCAAAAGGAAGAUUGCUUUUUCAACAAGGAACUCGUUUGUGCUCCACAGCUGGCUAUCAGUUUUUGGAUGUCACCACAGAUUCGAAAAAAGGGUAUGGCAUAUUAGAAAUGAAGAAGGGCCGUGUCAACAGUUUGAGUUUAGAAAUGAUAACAGAACUGAACAAUGCAAUAGACAAUCUCGAAAAGGACAAGAAUUGUCGUGGAGUUGUAAUCACUUCAAAAGUACCAGUGUUUAGUGCUGGUCUCGACAUAUUAGAAAUGUACCAGCCUAAGCCUGACAGGUUGCGAGAGUUUUGGAUUAGCUUUCAAGAUUUAAAGUACAAAUUAUUUAGUAGUAGUAUGGUUUUGAUUGCUGCCAUUAAUGGUGCUUGUCCUGCAGGCGGGUGUGCAAUAGCAUUCAGCUGUGAUUAUCGACUAUUGUCAGAUGGAAAGCACAAAAUGGGAUUAAAUGAAACUUUACUCGGGCUUGCUGCUCCUCUUUGGUUAAGCAACUCCAUGAAGCUUCUUGUUGGUCAUCGACAAGCUGAAAAGUUGCUUAGUUUAGGUAUAAUGUGCCCUCCUACUGAAGCUCUUAAAGUUGGCAUGGUUGAUGAAGUAGUAAAACCAGAUGAGUUGAUGAACAAAAGUUUGGCAGAAAUGGAAAAAUGGUUGAAAAUUCCAGAUGUUGGCAGAAUCCAGACAAAAGUUUUAACAAGGAGGAAGUUUCUGCAAGAAUUUCAGGAUGGACGGGAGGAUGAUUUAAACUUUUUUCUUCAAAGUAUUCAGAAUCCUCUGCUCCAAGAACAACUUGGUCAUUACCUAGAAGCAUUGAAAAAGAAAUAAUUUGACUUAAGAAUCUAGAUAUAUUUAUUUUUUUAUCUUGUCUCUUUAAAGAUCCCUGCUAAGUUACUAGAAAUAAUAUCUUUUCCCUUUUAUUUUUAUAUGAGUUGUUCAGUUUUAUAAAAUAAACUAGAGAUAUCUAUUCAGUUCAAACAAUCAUAACCAUUUGGAUGCAUUUGACUAGUAUAUAUAUGACCAAUAAUGACCGCUUUGUGAAGUCCUAAUACUCCUUAUAUAUAGCUUAGUAAAAUGUGUUACCUAUAUGGUUGUUUUUUACUGAUUUAAUUUGGAAUGAAACAAAAAAACAUGUUUUUUUACGACAUGAACAUUAAUAUGUGGCUAAUUUUUGUACGAUGCCAAACUAACAGUGAUGUUUUUAUUAUUGCAUUACAAAUUGGCUUUUUUUUCGUAGUACAUAGCAUGUAUAACAAACUGGUGUAACAGAGUAAAAUUAUUUUCGUAUGCUUA